CUGCCACGCCACCAGAUGGUAUGGAAAUUUAUCCCUGUCAUCAAGACAAAGUUUCUCAUCUUUAGAAAAAAACCUUUAUAUUUUUCUUGUUAUGAAAGAAACUUUUUAGAUUGUUUGAAAUGCGCCUUUAUAAAGUCGCGCCUAAAUGGAGAAAUUUACUUAUUUAACAACGAACCUUGCCACUACUCUGUCAGAAUGAACCAACAUCUAGCUAUGGAUCCUACUCAAGCUCUCCUACUUCAGGAGCAAUGCAUUUCCGUCGACACUAAUGAUAGAGCAGUUGGGAAUUUAUCAAAGGAAGCAGCUCAUUUACUUGGUCCAGAUGGUCAACUCCCACCUCUUCAUCGGGCCUUCAGUGUUUUUCUCUUUAAUACCAAAAAUGAGCUACUGAUGCAACAGAGAUCCAAUCACAAAAUUACUUUUCCUGGUUAUUAUACAAAUUCCUGUUGCAGUCAUCCGUUACAUAAUACAACACCUGAUGAAGCUGAAGAAGCUCACCAUGUAGGGAUCAGAAGAGCUGCUAGAAGAAGGCUUGAAAUUGAACUGGGCAUCAGUCCAGAUAGUAUUGAGCUGUCUGAUUUUAAAAUUCUCACCAGAAUCAUUUAUGGUGCACCUUCUGAUGCCAAAUGGGGUGAACAUGAAGUGGAUUAUAUCCUGUUUUUGAGGAAAGACGUUCCCGUAAAACCCAACCCGAACGAAGUGAGCCGCGUUGUUUUCGUCUCCCUAUCCGGCUUUCAAGAAUUUCAAGGCUACCUCGAAAAGAAUAACAUCCCCUUUACACCGUGGUUCAAACUUAUUCUCAACAGCCAUCUUAAAGUAUGGUGGAACCAAUUAGAUAAUCUCGAAAGAAUAGAGUAUGACCCCGUUAUACAUAGCCUCUAAAUGCACUGACGUUAAUGACGUCAUUUGUAGAAACUAUACGGUUUCAAUCCAAACAAGAAACAAAAUUAUUUAUUCAGAUGAAA